CUCCCAGACCCAGCGCCCGCCGCCGCCGCCGCUCAGCCGGGCCGCGACCCCGCAGCCACACUCGGCCCUCGACACGAUGGACCCGGCCGUGGCCGCGCAGAUGGGCAAGGCGGUGGCCGAGAAGAUGCUCCAGUACCGGCGAGACAAGUCAGGAUGGAAGAUUUGCCGGGAAGGCAACGGAGUCUCAGUUUCCUGGAGGCCAUCUAUGGAGUUCCCAGGGAACCUGUACCGGGGAGAAGGCAUCGUGAAUGGGACGCCGGAGAAGGUGUGGGGCUGCGUCAAGCCGCUGGCUGGGACCCUGAGAGACCAGUGGGAUGAGAACGUGAGCGGCUUCGAAAUUAUCGAAAGCAUCACUGAUACCCUGUGCGUCAGCAGGACCACCACCCCCUCCGCCGCCAUGAAGCUCAUCUCCCCCAGGGAUUUCGUGGACCUGGUGCUGGUCAAGACGUACGAGGAUGGGACUCUCACUUCCAACGCGGUCAACGUAGAACAUCCGUCGUGCCCCCCGAAGCCGGGGUAUGUGAGGGGGUUCAACCACCCCUGUGGCUGCUUCUGCGAACCUGUGCCCGGGGAGCCCGGCAAGACCAGCCUGGUCACCUUCUUCCAGACGGACCUGAGCGGGUACCUGCCGCGGAGCGUGGUGGACUCCUUCUUCCCCCGCAGCAUGGCCGGCUUCUACGCCAACCUGGAGAAGGCGGUGAGGACCUUGUACGACUGACGGGCGCCCCAGCCGGCCCGAACUGGCGCCCUCACCACCGAGCCCCGGGCGCCGGGGCGCUGCAGAACGUGCUUCCCAUUUGGAACCCGCCUGGGGACAGCUCAUCUCCCAAAGGCCAGCCGGCCGGAGCGGCCCCCACCGUCCCGCUCCAGUGCCCCAUCCGCUGGCGGUGCGCUCCUCCCCCAGCCGGCCACCGGGCGAUGCCCUGUGGUCCACACUUCAUGCCAGUCAGUCAGAGACCUCCCGUCCCUGCUGGUCAGAAGGAACCCCCAUCGAUUCCGGAAACCAGACUCUGCUGCCUUUUCAGCAUCCAGGGCUCGGUCCAACCUGUGCCGCAGACCUCACAUCUGUGUUCCUGGUGACACUGUACCAGAUCUUCCCCUUUAAAAAGAUGCCCCUAAAAAAACAGCUUGGAAAAUACUGUUUUAAUAAAUGAGAGAAGUAUUAAGGAAAAAUACAUUCAGUAUUUAUUUUGU